UCACGUCUCUCGGCCUCGCUCUCGCUCGUCGUCUUUCCUUUUUCCUCUGUUGUAUGCGAAGCCUCAGUAGGCAGAGUGACGGCAAGAGAGACGUUUUUGGACUGCGGUGGACUGCUCUUUCAAGAGUUUUUGUGUUGACCUACUAUUCAGAGAAAAAGAUGGACAGAAGAUUACCAGCGGAUUCAAUCCCUAUUUUCAACGAAGGUAUAGCUCUGGUUCUCCAUCGCUGGUCAGCUCUCCGUAUGGCUGUCGAGAACGAAUGGGGAGGCCGAGAGUCCCGCCAGAAGGCUGAAAGACUUGGCAGCGAUCUGCUUUUCUGGUUCACCCAAUCUAAAGGGCCUCUGUAUAUUGAUGACUUGGAAGAGAAGCUCGAUGAAGGUAUGGUUUCUCUCAACAUGGAGGUUGAGGAUGGCAGUAUCGAAGAGGUAGCUGAGAAACUGAUGAUUUUGCAUGAAGAAUGUCUUGAAGGUAAUUUUAGGUCCAUUGAGAUUCUAAGGGAAGCCCAUCUUAAACAAGCUGCUCACCCUCGUGCAAUGCAGGCUGUGAAUAAUGAUGAGGACUCUGAAGAUGAUGAUGAUGAUGAAGAAGACAGAGCAAGGGAUAAUUCUAAUAUGGCGGUAGAAAUGCAAAUGCCAGUUAAGGAGUCCAUACCCAAGGCUGCAGCUGAAGCAGGAGACGAUGGAUGGACUGUAGUCUCAAAUAGACGGAAUAAGGGUAGAAAUUAGAGGGCAAUAGGGGAAUUCAUUUAAAGAUCCAUUAAAUCGUAUGUAUAGACUUUAGUUUUUGUUUCGUUUUGUUUGUUUGGAUUUUUUUCGUAAA